AUGCGAUUCAUAGCUGUGAUCGGCUUUGUGGGCCUAGUGAUCGCGACGACCAUGGCCGAUGACUUUCUCACGCGAUCGUUGAACGACUGCGUCGAGGCGGACUCGUGGACGUCGUGCCUGAAGCGCGAGAUGCUGGGCUAUCUCGACGAACGACUGGGCACCAAGACCGAGGCCAGAUCCCUGGACAGCAUCGACGAGGCGCUGCUCUCGCGCUACUUCAAGUACUUCAAGAGCUUCGAGUACGGAGUCGAUCUGCCGGUGUUCGACGCGAGGCUCAAGUAUCGACCCGCGCGUAACUUGGCCGAUCUCGAGGUCGAGUUCAAGAACAACGAGGUGGCCACCGCGCAGGCCCGAGGAUUGCUGAAGAAGAAGCUGCUUUUGCCGGUUCUGCUGUUGCUGAAGUUGAAGCUAAAAGCACUGAUGCCCAUCUUCGUGGCGAUCAUCGGCCUCAAGGCCAUGAAGGCUCUGGUGUUGUCGAAGCUCGCCAUCCUGCUGGUCGUCGGAUUCAUAGCCUUCCAGUUUUUCAAGAAGGGAGGCAUGGCCGCUCCGAUGGGCGUGACGAUGGAGCCGACGCCCCCCGUUCCGGCGUACGGUCUGCCGCCGAUCUCCACCACGACCUCCGGCUACGAGCCGGUGAACGCCUGGGAUGGAAGCGGCCCCUAUUCCCGUGUCUGGACGCCCAGCAGCAGCGGCGCACUGGAAUCCCAAAACCUUGCCUACAACUACUACACGGGUGGCAGUAGUUCGAACUCGUACAACUCGCCCUCCUCGCUGGCCUCGUCGUCCGGUUCGUCGUCCGGAUCCGGCCUGCCCGCGUCGUCGCUGUCCUCCUCCUCCUCAACGAGCAGUUCCGGUGCCUCGUCGAGUUUUUAG